ACUCGGAGCGGCGCGAGGAGAAGGAGGAGACCGUGAGAGAGGCGCGGAGAACCGGGAGCCAGAACCGCCGACACCCGGGGACUUUUCGGCACUUUUCGGUUCCUCUUCGGGGGAACUGCGCGCGCCAUGGAGCGCUCGGGAACUUUACUUUUAUUCCUCACGCACGCGCUCAUGGGACUGCUGACGGGCACGCGCGCGGACAGCUUCAAAGCGUGCCUGGUGGGUCAGGGCCCAGACUGUCGGAUCUCUCAGUCCAGAGACGAUGACUUCGACUGGGAUCAGGGCGAGAGCCGCAGCCCCUCCGGCCCCUGGGUCCCCUCAGGCUCCGCCCCCUUCCUGGUGGCCAACACUUCGGGCCGUCUGAUUGGUCAGAGAGCUCAGGUGCUGUUACCUGUGCUGAAGGAGAAUGACACCCACUGCAUCAGCUUCAACUACUACAGUACUACUACUAUGAAUGUAUACGUCACAGAGAACUCCAGUCCUGUGGGGAUCCCUGUGUUUAACUCGUCUGGACCAUCCUUUCACUCCUGGAAACCUCUGGAGCUUGCCGUCUCCACCUUCUGGCCAAACUACUACCAGGUGAUCCUGGAGGCAGUGAGCGGAGGGCAGAGAGGAGUUGUGGCUCUGAAAGACAUUACUCUGCAAGGACACCAAUGCAUGGGCACACCUCACUUUCUGCACAUUAAAGGAGUGGAGGUGAACGCAGGACAAACCGCCACGUUUCAGUGUACAGUCAACGGGAGACCCCAGCCCCAAGUACAGCUCUAUCUGCAGGGCUCUGGGGGGCGCUGGGCCUCUGCAUCUCAGAUUAAACCGAUAAAUUCUCGGCGAUUUUUGGCGAGUUUCGACGUCUUGAACACGACUAAAGCAGACUCCGGGACGUAUCGCUGCCUCGGCCAAUCAGAGCGGGGUGUGGGCGUAUCCUCCUACGCCGAACUCACCGUCAAACAGCCGCCCGUACCCAUCGCACCCCCUCAGCUCACGGCCGUCGGCGCCACCUACCUGUGGAUCCAGCUCAACGCCAACUCCAUCAACGGAGACGGGCCGAUCAUAGAGAGGGAGGUUCAGUACAGCACAGUGGGCGGCUCGCUCAUUGACACUACUCCUGUGGACAAACCCACUCAUAAAAUUGGACACUUGGACCCCGACACAGAGUACGAGAUCUCUGUGCUCCUCACACGACCACUAGAGGGCGGCACAGGGAGCCCGGGACCCGCCCUCAGGGCCAGGACCAAGUGUGCAGACCCGAUGCACGGCCCUCGGAGACUACGCUUGGUCGAGGUUCAGUCCAAGGAGGUCACCAUUCACUGGGAGCAGUUUGGGUACAACGUCACACGAUGCCACUCCUACAACCUGACCCUGCAGUACCACUACAGGCCCACAGGCGGCGCACACAGAGAGGUAGUGAAGGAGGAGGAGCGGGAGCAGCUGGUCUCUGAUUCGCUGAGCUCUCUGCCGCAGUACACCCUCCGUAACCUUCCACCGUUCACCAACAUCAGCCUAAAACUAGUCCUGAGCAACCCCGAGGGACGCAAGGAGAGUGAAGAGCUGAGGGUGCACACGGACCAGGACGUCCCUGGAGCAGUGCCUCUGGACUCCAUCGUGGGCAGCAGCUAUGAGCAGCACAUCAGUCUGAGCUGGAGAGAGCCCACGCACAAGUACGGGAUUAUACGGCAAUAUGAGAUCUCAUAUAAGGCCCUGAGCUCCUUUGACACCGAGUUUGAUCUGACCAAUCAGAGUGGGCGUGUGUUCAAAUCGGCCAAUGAGACAAGCCACCUGUUCACGGGGCUGUUUCCUGGCUCCACCUACUCCUUCACAAUAAGAGCCUCCACAAUAAAAGGCUUCGGAGCGCCGGCCACAACGCAGGUCACCACCAGGAUCUCAGCUCCUCAGAUGCCGGCGUAUGAUCAGGAGUCUCCUCUGAACCAGACCGAGUCCACAGUCACAGUCCUGCUGAGACCAGCCCAGAGCAGAGGGGCUCCAGUCAGUAAGUACCAGGUGGUGGUGGAGGAGGAGCGCCCCCGCAGGCAGAGGAGAGGCAGUGCAGAGAUCCUGCGCUGUUACCCGAUCCCCAUCCACUUCAGUAAUGCCUCCUCCCUCAACUCUCAGUACUACUUCAGUGCUGAGCUGAACCGGGCCGAACUGAGCCACAACACACCCUUCUGCAUCGGAGAUAAUCGGACGUAUAAUGGAUACUGGAACGUCCCUCUGCUCCCACACAAGAGCUACGGCAUUUACUACCAGGCUGUCAGUACUGCCAAUGGGGAGACAAAGAUCGACUGUGUGCGAGUGGCCACUAAAGCGGCCAUAAUCGUCACUCAGCUCACGACGCCGUACGUUCGAGCGGCUCCGGCCUCCGGCGACAAGCAGCUGCCAGGAGCAGUGACCCGCAGACCAGAGCCCGAGCACGAGACGCCCUCUGACCACACAGUGAAGAUCGCCGGAGCCAUCGCUGCCGUCCUCCUCUUCAUCAUCAUCUCCCUCGGAGUGGUGCUGCUCAUGAACAAGAGGAAACUGUCUCAGAAGAGAAAAGAAACACUGAGCUCCAGACAAGAGAUGACCCUGAUGGUGAACAGCUCGCACACACUCCCCACCACCAGCAGUGAAGGACACACGCUCAACGGGAGAGGCCUUUCGUCUCCUUCAUCUUUCACUCUGAAGUCCAACACCAUGAGCUCCAUCCCCAACUCCUACUACACAGACCCUUUCGUCCCGACGGCCAUUUUAGAUGACUCUCACACUCAGAGUGAGACCUCGUCCUUGGUCCAGGCUCAUUACAAACAGAGAGACCAGGACCAGACCCUGUACCAGACCGGGACUAUCCACCCAGCGAUCCGUGUGGCUGAUCUGCUGCAGCACAUCACGCAGAUGAAGUGUGCAGAGGGCUAUGGCUUCAAGGAGGAGUACGAGAGUUUCUUCGAGGGUCAGUCUGCUCCCUGGGACUCAGCCAAAAAGGACGAGAACCGAAUGAAGAAUCGCUACGGCAACAUCAUUGCCUACGAUCACUCCAGAGUCCGGCUCCAGUCCCAGGAUGGAGACGGGUCGGACUACAUCAACGCCAACUACGUCGACGGCUACCACCGACCCAACCACUACAUCGCCACACAAGGUCCAAUGCAGGAGACCGUGUAUGAUUUCUGGAGGAUGGUAUGGCAGGAGAACACAGCCGCCAUCGUCAUGGUGACAAACCUGGUGGAGGUGGGACGGGUGAAGUGCUGUAAGUACUGGCCUGAUGACACAGAGAUCUACGGAGACAUGAAGGUGACUCUGAUCGAGACCGAGCUUCUCUCUGAAUACGUGAUCAGGACCUUCGCCGUGGAGAAGAGGGGCGUGGCAGAGAUCCGGGAGAUCCGUCAGUUCCAUUUCACGGGUUGGCCCGACCACGGCGUCCCGCUCCACGCCACCGGCCUCCUGGGCUUCAUCAGGAGGGUCAAGACCAAAACUCCGCCCACCGCCGGCCCCACUGUGGUGCACUGCAGUGCUGGCGCGGGUCGGACCGGGUGUUUCAUUGUCAUCGACAUCAUGCUGGACAUGGCGGAGAGAGAGGGCGUGGUUGACAUUUACAACUGUGUGAGAGAGCUGAGGGCCAGGAGAGUCAACAUGGUCCAGACCGAGGAGCAGUAUGUUUUCAUUCAUGACGCCAUCCUGGAGGCGUGUCUUUGUGGCGACACAGCAAUUCCAGCCAAUCAGCUUCGGUCUGUUUACUAUGAGAUGAAUCGAUUGGAUCCACAGACCAACUCAUGUCAGAUCAAAGAGGAGUUUAGGACUUUGAACAUGGUGACUCCGACGCUCCGUGUAGAGGACUGUAGUAUUGCUCUUCUCCCUCGGAACCACGAGAAGAACCGUGUGAUGGACGUCCUACCUCCAGACCGCUGCCUCCCGUUCCUCAUCAGCCUGGACGGGGAGAGCUCCAACUACAUCAACGCUGCACUCAUGGACAGCUAUAAGCAGCCGUCUGCGUUCAUUGUGACACAGCACCCGCUCCCAAACACAGUUAAGGACUUCUGGAGACUAGUGCUGGACUACCAUUGUACGUCUAUAGUGAUGCUAAACGAUGUGGAUCCGGCUCAGCUGUGUCCUCAGUACUGGCCCGAAGAUGGCGUGGCUCGGCUCGGCUCUCUUCAGGUGGAGUUUGUUUCUGCAGAUUUGGAGGAGGAUGUCAUCAGUCGCCUCUUCAGGAUCUACAACACGGCACGGCCUCAGGACGGGUUCCGGAUGGUGCAGCAGUUCCAGUUCUUGGGCUGGCCCGUGUACAGAGACACGCCCUCCUCCAAACGCUCCUUUCUCAAGCUAGCUGCGCUCGUCGACAAGUGGCAGGACGAGUAUGACGGAGGAGAGGGGCGGACUGUAGUACACUGUCUUAAUGGCGGUGGGCGCAGUGGAGUGUUCUGCUGUGUCAGUAUUCUGUGUGAGAUGUUGAGACGACAGAGAAGUGUGGACGUGUUCCACGCCACCAAGACUCUGAGGAACAACAAGCCCAACAUGGUGGAGCUACUGGAGCAGUACAAGUUCUGUUAUGAAGUCGCUCUGGAGUAUUUGAAUUCAGCCUGAGACUACUCCACAAGAGGAGACAUGGAGAAAGGAAAGGAGAGGAGGAGAUGAAGAGGGCGGAGGGGAGACAAGAAGAUGAGGAGACACUACUGACAAAAGGAAGAGAAUCACUGAGUGUUCAUGAAGCCAUGCACUUCUCCCAAAUAAACCAGGACAAACCUGGACUAAACCAGGAAUAAAACAAGUCUAAACCUGGACUAAACCAGGAUUAAACCAGGACUAAACCAGGACUAAACCAGGACUAAACCAGGACUAAACCAGGACUAAGCCAGGAAUAAACCAGGAAUAAAACAAGUCUAAACCUGGGCUAAACCAGGACUAAACCAGGAUUUAACCGGGACUAAACCAGGAUUAAACCAGGAAUAAACCAGGACUAAACCAGGAAUAAAACAAGUCUAAACCUGGGCUAAACCAGGACUAAACCAGGACUAAACCAGGACUAAACCAGGAUUUAACCGGGACUAAACCAGGACUAAACCAAGUCUAAACAAAGAUUAAACCAGGUCUAAACCAGGUCUAAACCAGGUCUAAACCUGGAGUAAACCUGGACUAAACUAGGUCCUGUUUUAUUUGUAGAGUUGUUUGGUUUAUUUUUUUAUUUUCUUGCACUGCUCUUGUUGUUCUGUUGUUCUGAUGUAAAUGUGUACAUAUGACAGCACCCCCUGCUGUCGCUCACUGUCCUUCAUGUUUUUGUAUUUGAAGUAUUUAAAGUAUUUGAAGUAUUUCAAACGGAGCUGGAGUCCUCACGUCGCCUCAUGUUUAAAGCUUUUAUAUCAGUUUAUUUCAAUGUUGUCUUUUUUUUUUUUUGGACUGAAGCAAACACUGUAAAAACACUCACAGCAUGAUGUGUUUAAAAUGUUUAAAUCUGUUUUUGUGUCAAAUGGACCAAACCAUGUGCUAGAUUUGAUCAUGUGUCUUCUCUUUGGCCUGAAACACAAACUCCAAAUGCCUGAAUCCACAAAAAAGUGUGUUUUUAUUUGAACAUGUGUUAAACCACUGAAAAGUCUUUUUGGAACUAGAAUUUUAAAACGUCUCAAUUUGAAGAUUUGUUUCAAUUUUAAAUCCUUGUUUUGAAUUUUUCAUCAGAAUGUUAUGUCCAUAAUCUGUUUUGUUUUAAAGCUCCUGUUUCCUGCAUUUGGGUUUUAAACAACUUUUGAACUCUGCAGAUUUCCUCCAGUAGCUCCUAUAGUAAAGUGUUUCCUGAGACUGACCCUAAACCCCCUGGGUCUCAUCUUAAAGAGGGGCUGUUCUACCACUUUAUGCAGCUUUCUACCAUGUUCUCUCAUCAAAAACCUGCCUGAAGAGGUUUUAGAUGUCAUCCAUGCAUGUUUGAGUAUUUUAGUGAUCUCUCCCAGGCCCUAUUUGAACUCUCCUUAUGUUUAGGUGUAAGCUUCUGUGCAGUGCUCCACCCACGAGCCUACGUCACCCAUCCUCCCACAUGACAACUCUCCAUGAACAUACAAAAACAUGAUACAAAACUGUACACUACAACUUGACAAACCUGAUGUUAGUUUCAUUAGUGGGAUGCACAAUGACUGUGUUGUGAUAGUGUUCUGAAGGGGGAGUGACUUAGCAAAGGGGUAGGGGACUCAGAAUUGUCAGAAAUGAAAGUGAAACUGUCUUGUUUUCAGCGAAUAUAGCUUCUCUAUAGCUCUAAACCCUAACCUUUUAUUUCCUCAUGGGACCUGUUUCGUUCAGUGGUUUAAACCGGCUUGCAGGACCGGAGGUGUUUGAUUUCUGGUGUUUUAAAUGUCCGUGUAUUUGGCGGCGCUCACAGCUGAUUGGCUGCUGCUGCGUCACAUGACCUGUGCAUACUGUACAUAUGACCACAGAGUAUUUAUUCCUGAUGCAUUCUGGGAGGUGUAGUUUUCCUUGGUGUCGUGUUUGAGGACAAUCUGCUGCUCACUGUAAAAAUUAUUAUUUAAAAUGUCAAUAAACUGAAAA